GACCCAAGAAGGAAGCGUUAUGACCCGUUUAACGGAAAAGCUCCGUUUGUCUUUCUUUCUCCUCAAACCGACCCGUUUUCUCUCUCUUCUUUCUCUCUCUACUCUCCGUCUCUGCAAGUCCCUUGCUCGUUCUCUACUAUCCCAAACCCUACCUUUCUUCUCCAUGGACAAUCUCUUCUCCGAUAACGCCGAUUACCUCUCCGACGACUUCGAUUCUUCGUACUCCCUCCGUCCUCACCGUCCUCACCGUCGCUUACUUCAAGAAGAUGAACGUGAUUUCGCCGACGAGAGAGUCUACUUGCUUCCCUACAGGUGGUGGAUAGAUGCAGAAGGAGUUGAAGGUGAUCGUGUAGAAGGUGUUUUGUACACAGUGUGGUCAAACUGUGAUUCUGAGUCUGAAAUUUUGCUCCAUCUCAAGAAGGAAGAGGAUCGUGAGAAGAUUAAGAAUUUGGAGGUGGGUUUUUCAGGUCGUCAUUAUGCCUUGGUUCCUGAAGGAAUUUGGUUGCGUGCUCUCAAAAGGUAUAACGAUUUUAAUAAUGCGGUGAAAGAUUUUGGGAGCCUCUUCAAUGCAGAGGAUUGUUUGCCAGAUUUGUUCCCCUUGCAAGUUAGGAUAUUUGUUUCAUGGGAAACCAGUUCACUGGUAGCAAAGAUAAGCCAAAAGGAAAAUUUGUCUGACUUCUACAAGAAAGCUAGUGACAUUUUCAAUUCUGCAUAUAAAUCAUUGUAUAUUUGGGACUUUUCUGGGCAGACAACCCAGCUUUUAAUAAAUGACAAAGCUAGGGUGCCAAAUGAUUCUCCUGGUCAACUUGGAAAAGAGGUUCUUUUGGAGUUACAAGUUCAUGGACUUUCAGAUUCAACGAGGGGUAGUCGAAGCAAUGGGAUGAUAUCAGAUAGGUCUCAGAUGGAAUGUUCUUCCAACAGUGGCCCUGUUAUGAUGAAUGGAGGCACCGACAAUGUUAUCCCCUAUGUAACAACAACAAACAACUAUUUUCAAGGCAGUAGCUAUAGAGCAGUCCGAUCUUUGGGCUUGACAGGAUUACAGAAUCUUGGAAAUACCUGUUUUAUGAAUAGUGCCCUUCAGUGUUUGGCUCACACCCCAAAGCUGGUUGAUUUUUUCCUUGGAGAUUAUCGUAGAGAGAUAAAUUAUGAAAAUCCCUUGGGAAUGAAUGGAGAACUUGCUUUAGCGUUUGGAGAUUUACUUAGAAUGCUGUGGAUUCCUGGAGCAACACCUGUGGCACCAAGAAUGUUCAAGAUGAAACUGGCUAACUUUGCUCCUCAGUUUAGUGGUUAUAUGCAGCAUGAUUCUCAAGAACUGCUUGCUUUUUUGUUGGAUGGACUGCAUGAAGACCUUAAUCGUGUCAAACGAAAGCCAUAUCAUGAAGUUAAGGAUGCAGAUGGCCGUCCGGAUGAAGAAGUGGCAGAAGAGUAUUGGCGAAAUCACCUUGCUCGCAAUGACUCGAUAGUAGUUGAUUUGUGCCAAGGCCAGUUCCGGUCAACAUUGAUUUGCCCUUUUUGCAAGAAGGUUUCUAUCACCUUUGACCCUUUUAUGUACCUAUCUCUGCCAUUACCUUCUACAACAAUACGGACCAUGACUGUGACCGUCAUGAACACUGAUGGGAUCACAUUGCCUUCUGCAAUUACUGUAACAGUGCCUGAAUGUGGAACACUUAAGGAUCUUAUUGGGGCCUUAACUGCGUCUUGUUCUCUAAGAGAUGAUGAAACCCUCUUGUUGGCUGAGGUAUAUAGGAAUAGGAUUUUUCGGGUAUUGGAGGAUCCAUCUGAUUCAUUAACUGAUAUUAGAGAUCAAGAUAAACUUGUCGCUUACCGGGUGCAAAAGUAUACUGAAGGUAGCCUCUUGAUUAUUUUCACGCAUGAACGAUUGGUGGAAAGUUUCGGGAAGGAGAGGUUUGAAAAUAGACUGUUUGGUACUCCAGUUGUAGCAAGGCUAUCCGGCAUAGCUUGUGGGUAUGAUGUUCGUAGAGAGUUUCUGAAUUUAAUCAAUCCAUUUCUCAUGCAAAAUACUGAAGAAACAAUAGAUGAGUAUGAUAAGGAUGACAAUGUUGACGACGACGAUAUUAAAAACCUAAAUGAAGCUGAUGACUUGGGUGAAACUAGUAGCUCUGCAGUAAUAGGAAUUGAUGCUGUCUCGAGCAGCGAAUCAGAGGAUGACACAUAUUUGUGGACUGACUUUGAAUUCUAUUUAUUAUUUUCCGGGAGAGGAAAUGAGAUUGUUAAGAUAACAUCAAAUGAACCGCUUCCAGUCACAAUGUUGUCCGGAAAGCUGGAGGUAGCUGUGGUAUGGUCAGAUAAGAUGCUUAAAAAGUAUGACAUAAACCUGCUUGAUUCAUUGCCUGAGGUUUUCAAACCCCAGUUAUUCACCAAGAGAACACAAGAAUCAAUAUCUAUUUACAAGUGCCUUGAAGCCUUCUUAAGAGAGGAACCUCUUGGGCCAGAAGACAUGUGGUACUGUCCUGCCUGCAAAAAACCUCAGCAAGCAACAAAAAAGCUAGACCUUUGGAGGUUGCCUGAAAUCCUUGUUAUUCAUUUGAAGAGGUUCUCAUACAACCGAUUCUUCAAGAACAAGCUGGAAACUUUCGUUGACUUCCCAAUUAAUGAUCUGGAUUUGUCAACCUAUGUUGCUCACAGGAGUUUUCCGCUUUCCAACUGCUAUAUGUUGUAUGCAAUUAUUUGUCACUAUGGCGGGUUAGGAGGAGGUCACUAUACAGCUUUUGUCCGCUAUGGCCAUGAUAAAUGGUAUGAGUUCGAUGAUAGCAGGGUUGCCCCCGCGGAUGAAGACAUGAUAAAGACUCCUGCUGCUUAUGUUCUUUUCUACAGGAAAGUUUAGACGAAGAGGAAACCUUUAGAUUCAGUUGUGUAAUUAGUCAUAGCAACAUGGAAAGCUCGAGGCGUUUUAGACCUUUUGCCUAUACAGUUGCGCCUGGCUUUCCUCAAAUUGCUGCUUAAGCGCUUGCGGUUUGGUUUUCUAGAGACUGGUGAAGAGAAAAUAGAAGGAUUAUUUUAAUAUUGUACAACUUUUAGAAU